CCAGUGCCCACGGUCGGGGGCAGCGCAGCGAGCUGUGUGGUGGGGGCGGAAGAGGCAGGGGUGGCCACCGCCGCCGAGGCCACCGAGUUAUGGGAUGGCUUCAAGUGCCGGAAGUGUCAUGGGUUUCUGUGGUGGUGCUCAGCGGUCUCCUGGGCAAGUUGUUCCCUGCUCGAGCUCGGGCGUCGCAACUCCGGCACGAGGGCAACCGGCUGUACCGCGAGCGCCAGGUGGAGGCGGCACUACUCAAGUACAACGAAGCAGUUAAAUUAGCACCCAAUGACCAUUUACUUUAUAGCAACCGGUCACAAAUUUAUUUCACCUUGGAGUCUCAUGAGGAUGCACUGCAUGAUGCAGAAAUAGCAUGUAAGCUCCGCCCAAUGGGCUUUAAGGCACACUUCAGAAAGGCGCAAGCCUUAGCCACCCUAGGCAAGGUGGAGGAAGCACUAAGAGAGUUUCUAUACUGCGUUUCACUGGAUGGAAAGAGCAGGAAAGCAAGAUCGGAAGCCCAAAGCCUUCUCCUUAGUUUCUUUUCACCAUCAGUCCCGGGACAGUCUCAGGAACAUUCUCCCGAUAUUCUGAAGCUGUUGGCACCUCAGCUUAGAUUAAAGGAACAAGUAGAGUCAUUGGCUACUGAAGGCGACAGCCAUAAUCUACCAAAGUUGUCACAGGAAAACGAGGAACUCCCCCAUUGUUCUAGACAGGAGGAAGGAGCAGCCAGUGGGGACUGCAACAUCCAGAUGAAUCCUGCGGAAGUAAAGGGGCAUGGGCAGCAAGGCACCAUGAAAGACCAGGAGGAAGAGGAGGAGAAGGAUUACCCUGCCUCUCCAGAAGCUGCCUCCAGCCAGACUGGCAAAAGCCAGGAAAGGAAAAGGAAACAUUUUCAAGUUGAAUCCAAAGACCCAGACAUUCCUACAAAAGUCUGUAAGCCAGAAUCUCCUGCUGAUUUGGGGGACUUGCCUGCUGUCAGUAUUCCACUCCCAUCUUUUGACGCAACCGACCUUGAAUGUGCCCUAUGUAUGAGAUUAUUCUAUGAGCCAGUCACAACACCGUGUGGACACACAUUUUGUUUGAAAUGUCUUGAGAGAUGCCUAGACCACAAUGCGAAAUGUCCACUGUGCAAAGAUGGUCUUUCACAGUGCUUGGCAUCAAGAAAGUACAGCAAAAAUAUCAUAAUGGAAGAGCUAAUAGCCAAAUUCCUUCCAGAAGAACUCAGUGAACGAAAGAGGCUUUAUGAAGAGGAAAUGGAAGAACUUUCUAACUUAAAUAAGAAUGUGCCUAUUUUCGUGUGUACUAUGGCCUAUCCCACCGUUCCUUGUCCCCUACAUAUAUUUGAGCCUUGCUACCGUCUGAUGAUUCGUAGAUGCAUUGAGACAGGCACAAGACAGUUCGGCAUGUGCCUUGGAGAUCCCGUCAAGGGGUUUGCAGAAUAUGGCUGCAUUCUAGAGAUCAGAAAUGUUCAGUUCUUUACCGAUGGCCGCUCAGUGAUUGACAGUGUAGGCAAGAGGCGCUUCAGGGUCCUUCGUCAGGGCCAGCGGGAUGGCUACAACACAGCCGAUAUUGAAUACAUUGAAGACCAAAAGGUUCUAGGAGAGGAUUGUGCUGAACUCAUGGGAUUACAUAACUGUGUCUAUGAACAAGCAUCAUCAUGGUUUCAUUCGCUCAAAAAUUCUCUUAGGAAUCGGAUAAUCAAUCACUUUGGUCCAAUGCCAGACAAAGAUGCGGAUCCUCAGAUUAACCCAAAUGGUCCAGCCUGGUGCUGGUGGAUAUUAGCAGUUCUGCCGCUGGAAAGCCGUGCUCAGCUUCCGUUCCUAGCAAUGAGGUCCUUGAAGGAUAGACUGAAUAGUAUUCGGCGCAUCCUCGCCUUUAUAGCACGAAACCAAAACUAGUGAGAGUGAAUUGAUGAAAAGAAAAUUUCACCCUCUCUACUGCCUAGGGGAGUCAUCUUGUAAAUAUAUCAAGUUGCAAUAACAUCUUAACUGAAGGAAGUAUCAAAUAGAGGCAUUACCUUGCUGUUGAUGAUAGAGAGAAAUUCAGUUGAAAGACCAAAGAAUGUGACCUGUUAGAAACUUUCUGUGUUGAGAUACUUCUUGACAUGCUGCACAACUAUAGCCACAGCAGAGGUGUUCAAGAGCCCAGAAAAAAAAUUGCUUUUGACAUAAAAUUUUCUGAAAGUUUAAAGUGGUUUUGCUUUAAUUCUCUUUCUUUCAUCAGUGAAUGACUGUGUGAUUGAAAUGUGAAGCAAAAAUAGUAAUAAUCUUGCUGCAUUAUUUCACUGACUUGAGGCCCUAUUCCAAAUAGUUCAGGUUUUAUAAAGCAUUGUAUAAAAUAAUAUUUAUACUCCUUUCUGUUUUAAUAAUUUAUUUUUUGCACUACUGUAUCCUUUUUUGUACAUGUAUGUUUGUAACUAUUUAAGUGUGCAUUACUGAAUUCACUUGCUUUAUUUAUUGAUGUAGUUAACCAUGUAGCUAGAAGGAAGUAACAAUACUAGAAAUGUGCCAUUUUUGCUUUAACCAUUUUUACUAGGUUUGAUUCCAGUUCUUGAACUAUUUUUGUAUCUCUCUAAUUGGAUGCUUAAAGGAACAAUAUAAAAUACUUAAGGGAUUUGCCAUAGAUUGUAUAAUAAGCCAGGAUAAAGUAAAACCAUCCAUUUUCUAUGUGUUACACAGAGCGCUUAAGGCAUUAUUUUUCUAGAAUGAAGCAAUGAAUCAGAAGAGUGUCCUUUAUUGCAGGCUAUUAUAGGCAUUUAUCUGAGCAAUCUAAUUCUGUGUUUCUUAUCUCUCCCCAGUUCAGUUAGGAAUGGGCUUUUUAGGCAAGAUAAUAUUUAACCCUUCUGAGGGAAUGGUUUUCAGUUAGGAAUGUCACAGUGAGGCCCAACUAGCCUCCAUACCCUGCCUCUUUUCAGGGUUCUUAGGGUCACAGCCUGGGCAGCAUGUGUGGAAAUACUUGAUGAAGGACUGUCCAUUAUGAAAAGUGCAAAGAAGCUGGUAGAAAAGGUAAAAUGCUUAAAAAACAACCCAAACUAUCAUUUUGGUUUUUUUAAUCUUUUUAAAGGAACCAAAAAGUUAAUUCAUGAUUUUAUCUAGCAAUUGCCUAGUUGCAUUGGGCCAAAGAUUUCAAUAUGGGGAAGAAUGGUGGGUAAGGAGAUAAGAGUGAGCCCUGGUUUAGCUUGCUUUAGAGUUAGUGUGGUUCCUUUGGUGCCAGGCCAACCUGAAAAAUGGCGUAUGUAUGCGAGUGUUAUAAUAACAAGAGUGAAAAGAUUAGGGCAGGGAAGAAGUGAAUCAUGCCAUUUGUGCAUUUAAGAAAAUGGCCAUCCCCCUCCACACUGUGAUUCAGAACUGCAGCAGUGUGUUGUUUAUUUGAAGUCUGUCCACUCUUUUAAGGUGAGAGGUUAAUGCCUCAAGUAAUGCCUCUGACUUCUUGCAUCAUCACCUGUGGCCAGAAACAGAAAAGGCAGAAUGAGAUAAUCUGCACUUUCUUAAUGGAUGCUAUGUUGUCAGAGCAUCAUGUUACCAGGUUUGAUGUUUGGAGCCAGACUGGGCUGAUGAAGAAUGGAAGGACAGGCAUGGUUACUGCCCAAGCGAAAGCUACCAGACUCCAGGAGCAUUAUAUUACAGACUAUGCCUCCAACUUGGUACACACCAUGUGGUCAUAACACAGUCCUAGUAUAACAGUUUCCUAUUAUCUAGUGUAAAUGUAACACCUGCCCCCCCCCAAAA